CACUGCCCACUUGACCUAACGGUACCGGGCCGCGUCCCUGAACCCCGCAUAUCAGACUUGUCGACGCACAGGAGAAAGAGUUCCGCAUGUGUCCGUUGCUUGGGCUGUCUUUAAUGAUCAGGGCCGGGGAGUCAAGGAUUUUGGACGCGCAAGGGAAUCAUGGCUGAGGUGGAUGUUGCCCCGACAUUCGGGUCAGAGCUCAAGGACGGGUUCAAGCCGGCAAACGCCUGGGUUGCCAACGGCAUCGCAUGGCUAGACGAUAUCCAGUCGUUUUACCGCGAACGAAGUGCGAUUGAGAAGGAGUAUAGCGCGAAGCUCAAUGCGCUGGCCAAGAAGUACUUUGAGAAAAAGACGCGUAAGUCGGCGAGUCUGAGUGUAGGGGACACUCCGACAAUGACCCCCGGGUCGCUUGAGAGCGCUUCCCUCACGACCUGGACGACCCAUCUUACGACACUAGAAGCACGGGCUAACGAGCACGAACGGUACGGAAACGACUUGAUUGGCAAGGUGGCAGAGCCCCUGAAACACAUAGCGACAAGGUUCGAGGAGCUGCGCAAGCGCCACGCCGAAUACGCCGAGAAGCUCGAGAAGGAACGAGAUGGCUCAUACGCUGAUCUCCGAAAGGUGAAGGCCAAGUACGACGCUGCUUGUCAAGAGGUGGAGAGCAAGCGCAAGAAGACCGAGUCCGCGUUCGACAAGGCCAAAGCACAAAGCGCGUUCCAGCAACAGAUUCUCGAGAUGAAUAACGUCAAGAAUACUUACCUGAUUGCCAUCAACGUCACAAACAAGCAAAAGGAGAAGUACUAUUACGAGUACCUACCCGAGGUCAUGGAUAGCCUCCAGGACCUCUCCGAAUUCCGUACACUUAGGCUGAACGGUUUAUGGACUCUGGCAUCCCAGCUCGAGGCUAGCAUGCUCCAGGAAAGCGCCAGCCAGGUCAACCACUUAAGCCAGGAGAUUACCCGGAACCAGCCGCACCUCGACUCUAUGAUGUACAUACGACACAACAUGGGCGCCUUCCAGGAGCCUCCUGACAAGAUCUUUGAGCCGUGCCCGGUAUGGCAUGAUGACGGCGCGAUGAUCGUAGACGAGACGGCCAAGAUCUACCUGCGCAACCUACUCAACAAGUCGAAGAGCCAGCUCGGAGAAUUACGGCGCGAGGCGGACAAGAAGAGGAGGGAGGUGGAGGCGAUGAGGAGGGUGAAGCAGAGGAUUCGGGACGGAACAGAGCAAAAGGACGAGGUCGCCGUGGUAUCGCAGGUAUUCUCGAUGCAAGAGGACCUGCACCAAGUGGACCGGAAGCGCCUGACGGCCGAAGUCGAGACGUCCACCAUCACGUCGGCGGUGGGCGAUGUGACGCUCGGCGCAAAGAACCACAACUUCAAAUCGCAGACAUUCAAGAUCCCUACGAACUGCGACCUCUGCGGGGAAAGGAUCUGGGGAUUGUCGGCCAAGGGGUUCGACUGCCGGGACUGCGGCUACACAUGCCACAGCAAGUGCGAGAUGAAGGUCCCGGCCGAAUGUCCGGGGGAGCAGUCCAAGGAGGAGCGCAAGAAACUAAAGCAGGAGCGCCAGGAGGCGGCAAACGCUUUGCUUAAACCGAGCGCGCCGCCAGAGCAUGUGGCCGACCUGCCCACCCUCAGCCGCUCCGACACUGUCGCCUCUGCAAGGUCGGGAUACGCAGCCAGCUCACAGCGGUCAAUGACUGGCCCCUUGUCCCCAGCAGAAGAACCUACGCCGCCUGAAGUGCCGAGCGCGACUCGGCCGACAAGCACAGCCCCAUCGACGGCCGCCAAGAGGCGUGUCAUGGCACCCCCGCCAGCUGCCUAUGUGAGCGAGUUGCCGGGUAGUACCCCGAACGGCUCGUCCCAGGCAACGGAGCAGAAGGCCAAGAUGCUAUACAGCUUUGAGGCCGGAGCACCGGGAGAGUUGAGCGUGCCAGAGGGCCGCGACCUCGUCGUCUUAGAACCCGACACUGGCUCCGGCUGGGUCAAAGUCCGGGCAGGCUACAAGGAAGGUCUGGUACCGGCAAGCUACAUUGAGAUGACCGCCGCAGCACCACCAGCCGCCAUCGCGCCGCAACACACUGGCCAAUCGGCGCGGCCUCCGUCGACUUACUCGAAUAGUGGCUCUUCCAUCGGGACGUCGGGCCCAUCCGGUGGGAAGAAGAAGGGCCCAGCGGUAGCGCCGAAGCGGGGUGCUAAGAAGCUGAAGUAUGUGGAGGCCAUGUACGACUACACGGCGCAAAGCGACGCAGAGCAUAGCAUGGUCGAGGGUGAACGGUUCGUGUUGAUCAAGGAGGAUCCCGGGGACGGGUGGGCCGAGGUGGAAAAGGGAGGGGUGACCAAGAGCGUGCCGGCUAGUUAUAUACAGGCUGUCUGAAGGGUAUCCGAGUCGUCGUUGGCUUACUUGAGAGGCCUAUGUAGGUAAGGUAUGGUAGGGUUUGGCUUGCAGAGGAGGAUGCACAGCAUGGCGUCUGCGGGGUUGAGGAAGCGCGCAUGGAAUGAAGCACUGGGUUCCAAAUGGUUAUGCUAAAAAGCAGGUAGACAUGUGUGUACCGUAGAGUGUAGUGCAUCACGUCGAUCCGAGGUUGUCAAGGCAGCCUGAAUUUGCUGGUAUACUGCCCAGGUGCAGUGGCAUUCAUAGAACGCGGAGUGAUCCAGGUCCCGACCCUUGGGUUGUUUGAAG